AUGACGGCCUCAGACGAUACCUUACACACAGCCGAGCUGCUGGAGCUCAUCCUCACGAACCUCGACCCGCGAACACUCCUACUCGCACAGCGCAUGAGCACAUACUGGCGCGAUCUGAUCAUCAACUCUCCUCCACUUCAGAAGAAGCUAUUCCUCAGGCCUGCGACUACUCAAGAACUGUUCAGCCUUGCAAUCGCACCUCCUCGCAACCGCAGACAAGCCGUCGACAUGAUCCACCUUUUACAGUCGGGCGUUCUAUGGAAGACCACGCCUCCAGUCUCCUCCUUCGCCGUCCUCAACCCUCUGCUCGCCUAG